AUGCCCGACGCCCUGCUGCCCGCCUGCCUCCUCGGCCUGCUGGCCGUCACCUCUGCCUGCUACUUCCAGAACUGCCCGCGGGGCGGCAAGAGGGCCAUGUCCGACCUGGAGCUGAGACAGUGCCUGCCCUGCGGCCCCGGGGGCAAAGGGCGCUGCUUCGGGCCCAGCAUCUGCUGCGGGGACGAGCUGGGCUGCUUCCUGGGCACGGCCGAGGCGCUGCGCUGCCAGGAGGAGACCUACCUGCCGUCGCCCUGCCAGUCCGGCCGCAGGCCCUGCGGGAGCGGCGGGCGCUGCGCCGCCGACGGCCUCUGCUGCGACGAAGAGAGCUGCGUGCCGGAGCCCGAGUGCCGGGAGGGCCUCCCGCGCCGCGCCCGCGCCCACGAGCGGAGCAACGGGACGCAGCUGGACGGGGCGGGGGCGCUGCUGCUGCGGCUGGUGCAGCUGGCGGGCGCCCCCGAGCCCGCCCCCGGCGGCUACUGA